AUGUUGCGCUCUUCCACUGCUCGCUUAUGGAUCCAGACUCGUUCUGCUUCUACAACAACAUACAAAAAACCCGAAAAGUUUCUCCAAACUGUUGUUCUCAGUAAUGGUGCCACUUAUACAGUCAGAACAACUUCACCUACUCGUAAUCAGAUCCGUUUGACUAAAGAUACACGCAAUCACCCACUUUGGAACCCUGCAAUGUUGAAGGAAGGUGUAACUGAUGAAAGCGAACAACUCACCAAGUUCCAAAAGCGUUUUGGUGACUUGGAUUUGGGUGACAUCUCUUGGAUCGAAAGUGAUGAACAAGUUUCAGCUGCCAUGAAGAAGGUGGUUGCUAGUGGUGGUACACCCAAGAAGGUGGCCGCCGCUAAGGGCAAGAAGAAAUAA